AUGGAACAUUCGAGCUCGCCCCCGCUAAACCUCGUUGGGCAAUCCCGCCAUUUCCCUCUUGACAUUGUCUUUGGGACUCACAAAUCUACAUACAUCAUGGAGAAGUGCGUUCACAAGGCCUGUGGGAAGACUUUUAGCGACCCUGAGGAGGAUUGCGUGUAUCAUCCAGGGCCCCCCGUGUUCCACGAGGGGCAGAAAGGCUGGAAAUGCUGCAAGCCCCGUGUCCUCACCUUUGAGGAGUUCCUCGCCAUUCCACCAUGCACUACCGGCAAGCACUCGACAGUCGACGAUACACCAGCCCCAGAGCCCAAAAAGGUCGAGGAGGCUCCCCCUCCUGUGGAGAAGAAGAAUGAGCGCCCGCCCAUUGUCACUCCCCCGGUCACAGCCACCGCGGCACCUCCCGCAAAGCCCGUGGUCGAAGAGCCUGAGUCAGAUGACCCUGACGUGGAGAUCCCUGCGAAUGCGACCUGUCGCCGGAGAGGCUGCGGCGCAUCCCACAGCGGGUCCAUCGCUCGCGACGAGGAGAAGUGCGUCCACCACCCGGGCCACCCCGUCUUCCAUGAAGGCAGCAAGGGGUGGUCUUGCUGCAAGCGCCGGGUUCUGGAAUUCGACGAGUUCUUGAAGAUCCCCGGAUGCACAGAGAAAACAAGGCACAUGUACGUUGGCAAGGCCAACGCUGCAGGCGAAGAGAAGGUGGACUCUGUCCGUAAUGACUUCUAUCAGACUCCUACCGCGGUCAAUGUCUCCCUUUACUUCAAGAAGAUCGACAAGGAACGCGCCAAGGUGGAAUUUACCGCCAACUCGAUCACCCUGGACCUGCCCACCACCGACAACAAGCGAUACCAGGACACAUAUUCCCUCUUUGCUCCCAUUGAUCCGGCGGAGUCGACCUUCCGGAUUCUGGGCACCAAGCUGGACCUGAAGCUCGUCAAGGGCGAUGGCACCAGCUGGCCUGUGCUACGCAGCGAUGAUAAGUGGGAUGGACAACGCAUCCAGAUUGGAAAUGCUGGGCGCGCAUAG